GGAAAAUGCUGCCAAUGUCAAUGAAUAAGGUUUCAUCUAAUGGGCGGUAGAAGGAAAAGGGACCUUCCUAUCGGCACUGGUUUUUCUUUUUUUACUUUUUUAGUAUACUCUUGCUUACGUUGUAGUUGAAGCCUGCAUGUGCGCGAUUCACAGCCUGUACCUCCCGUGAGGGAAAGAACUGAGUAUGCGAAGUGUAGCCGCAGCUGCGCCCGGGCGGGCUUCUGGGUCUGCUGGGUCGGCAGGGGUGGAUAAGACAAGAAGUAACGCCGCUGGGUCGGCACUUGCGGGCAGUGUGGAUUCUCAGAAGGAUAUUGAGAGGAAAAGUUUCCCCUCCCCAUAUUGAAAACGCACUCGUCUGAAAAUUUGUGAUGCAGAUUUGAGGUCACAAAUCCUGUCUGUCUUGCAAGAAGGCAGAGCCAGAGAGUCAGGCCGCACUAUGCCGGCGGUUUGUGAUGCUGUUGGGCUUACAGAGCCGACAUCUGUCAUGCUAGUCCCCUACGUCAAAACCUCUCGACCCAGGCUAGCAUAUGCCUGCAGUCCUCUCCAGCAAGACAGACCUGAUUUGUGUACGCAAAUCCAGCAUCAGAAACUUCGUUUCGAUAUGGGGAGGGGGGAUUUUUCCCUUUGAUAAAGGAGAAGGAGCAUGCAAAGGAGGUAAAGACCUUGAACACGAAUAUCGAACACCUCACGCACGGGCUCCGGAAGUCGCAGGACCGGGAAGCAAAGCUGAAAGAGGAACUGUCGACGAUGUUCAUACGCCUGCUGCAGUUUCGGCUUUGUACCGCAGAUGACAUAAGCACCUGCGUUCGAGGUCUACACCUGACUUCCGAGCACUGGGAACUUGCAAUGAAGGGCAUUUUGGCGGAAGUAAAGCCUGCGGGUGGUGACUCCGCCCCACCACCUACGGCGCAGGCGCGCGACGGGACAGCAGGAGCAGCAGGUGGAAGCUCUUCUUCGACCGCCGGCGCGGCGUUCCAAAAUGACGUACUCAACAUCGAUGCCUCAACAUCUUCAGGUUCUCGGGGGUAGCUGCGAGAGCAAGUUUUGUGCGCAAGACUUUUCUGAACAAUUAAUAAGCCUCAAAACUAAAAAACACAUACGGUCCCCCUCGUUCUCGUGGGAGUACUUAGCCAGUAGAGUCACACAGUUUAUUCCCUCGGGUAAAAAACAACACAGGGUCAGAACUUAGCGUCAGGGAACGGACCGCGCGGGACCUCGCAGCGGGGCGGCGGCGGUGGCGCUGGCUACCGGACCGGCGGGUUAGAGGAGGGCGCCGCGGAUCUGUUGGAGGAGAGCAUCUUUUACGGCACCGCAGUAUCUUUCACGGAACAGCAGAAGCGCGAGAACGAGCUCCGCGUGAAGCAGCUACUAGUGGAAGUCGCGGCCCACAAGUUGAGGCUUGCCGUGGUUCUUCGCAAGAAGGAGAAGCUCAAGGAGAAAGCGAAGAAGUUCGAAACGGACAACUACGCUCUGAAGAAGCGAAUCGAUGCGGAUCGGACCGGGGGACGCGGCAAGAGUGACGGCAGUGAAGAAGACAUCAGUCGAGACGUCAACGCAGUGGCGGAGGACCAGCGGAAGGAUGCGGCGGCCGGGGAUCCCAGCACACAGGGUCGGCAGCGCCGCGUCGAGAAAAUUGUGAGGAAACUGCAAUCCCUGGACAAGGCAAAGGCGCUGCUGACGCGAAACCUCAGCACCGAAACCAAGCUGCGUGUCCUCGCGGAAGAGGAGGUGAUAUGAAAUUUUUGGUCUUCGCUGCGCAUAUCGUCGACAUGAUAGUAGUUUCAUUUACUGGAAGGAGGUGCGUUCUUUUAUGCCAACUACUACCAGCAUCACAUGCGUUCUUUUAUUCCAACUGCAGGUCCAACGCUUACGGGAUUUGCUGGACCGGCUGCGAAAAAGCCACCGACACCAGAAGCUACCUGAGAUUCAAGAGGCCAAUCGGAUGCUUGAAAACAAGUGUACUUGAGGCAUUCCUUUUUUUUUUUUGUUUAUGUUCGAGGUAGUUUUUGUUUCCGAGAUUAUAACACGACAUUGUUACUUUUUUGUUGUGAAGUUAACUUCUUCGAGGCCGGUGCGACUUGUUUAUAACAGCUGGACGAGCGGGAACAGCGUCCACGAGCAGCGCAAGCCAAGCGGGCGGUCGCGACAAGCAGGGCACGCGGGGCGGUUCCCGGGGCAGUCCGACCUCCCCUCGUGGCGGAGGACUCGAGCAUGUGGAUCGGAAAUUUCGCACGCGGGAGCGCGAACAGCUGCGCGGCGGCGUGCGCGGGAAGCAGCUGGGGCCUGCGUCACCGGGAGGCCUGCGCGAACAGGACCUGAAGCUGCUGUAUUCCCUGGAAACGGCGGAACUCGAGUUUGCCACGUGUCCCGUGCAGAAGUUGCGCGUUCGGCGUGAGACGGAGCGUCGGGAGGAGGAGGCCUUGGAGCACCUAGCACGGGGUACCCCGGGCCAGCCGCCUCCGCGCCACGGCAGAAAUUACGAGCUUGUGAGUGCGUCGGAAGAGCCUUUUUUGGCGCACCUCCGCGAAAAGCAAAACGGCCGCGCGGCGUCUCCAUUGUCAGGCUCUCCAUCUAUGGAAUUUUUGAGAUAA